AUGUUGUCGAUUCCUACAUCUCCCCUUCUGUGUCUUCUAUUCCUUUGUUCUCUUCUCUUGGCUUGUUGUGACAACGCAACAAAUACGACUCUCGUCGCCAACACAACUAACUGGAACUCUACAUUGACAAACUCAACGACGUCAAACGCCUCCUCCAUUGUGAACGCGUCAGAAACAUCAACUUCUGUUGUUGAGGUCGGUACAACCUCCAUCAUUUCAAACUCGAGCGGGAACGAGACAGCUACAGGCAUCAAUGGCUCCUCAUCGCAAACAGUCAACUCUUCAACAUCUGUUGUCAACCAGACAAACGGAACGAACCAUUCUGCAAACCACACCGUCAACGCAAGAAACAACCACUCCAAGUCCCUCCACGGCUGUCUCCGCACCAGAAACAACUUCGUCACCGGUUACUUCUACACCAGUCUCUACUACUUCCACACCAGAAACAACUUCGUCACCGGUUACUUCUACACCAGUCUCUACUUCUUCCGCACCAGAAACAACUCCGUCACCGGUUACUUCUACACCAGUCUCUACCUCUACACCAGUCUCUACCACUCCUCCUCUCAACUCUGCAAACAACAAGACAAGUGCAACUUAUGUCAUUACGACCUCAGCUGGGGAGAAGACAAGCACAGGCUUGCAAGUCUUUCAGACGAGCAUCCCGUCAUCUCAACUUUGGCCAUCUCAACUGUCAUUGAAGGAUACACUGUCGACACGUUCGGGAAGACUGAGAUCAACAUGUACAUCGACGCUGUUUCCAAGGUGCUGGGAGUGGACAAGUCGAGGAUCAAGGACGUGCAGGACACCAACAAGUUUUCACAAUCCCUCACCAAGGACGCGUUGACCUCCCAGUUACAAAGCGCUGGCCUUACCAAGGCCGUAGUGUCGUCAGUCGACGUCAAGGCUGAAAGUUUUCAGACUCCCUCUCCUCCUGCCUCUACUGGCAGAACAGCGUUCCUCAUCAUGGUUGUCUUGGUUGCCGUCGGCGGUUUCACUGUGCUUUUCCUCGUUCUCCUCUUUCUGUACAAGAGCGUCUUCAACGGGAAGUGCUGCGAAUGGGGAGGAAAGGAGAAUCGCAUCCACCAGGACCCCCAAGAGGACCACCUCUCCAUCGUCACUGGAGGAGAUGCAGAGCGGGAGAGGGAGGCGAAGACUCUGUUCGUGAUGAUGGACAAGGACGGGAACAAGGCUAUCUCCCACAUGGAGCUCGAGCUCGGCCUCGCCGCCUUCGGCUUCUCCUCUGCUGAGAUUGAGGAGAUCCUGUUCCGAGUGUUCUCAGCAGGGAGCGAGGAGGAGGAUGAGCUGAGCUUCGAGCGGUUCAGGGAGGCGAUCGUUCCCCUUCUGACUCAGAAGACGGCGGGGAAGGAGGAGGAGGCGAUGGCGCUGGCGCUCUUCAAGCAGUUCGAUGCGGACGGGAACGGGUCGAUCUCGGAGGAGGAGCUGGACAUGGCGAUGAGCAAGUUCGGGUUCUCCAACGAGGAGAUCAGCAGGAUCAUGUACGAGGCGGAGGAUGGGACCGGCAGCAUCGACCUUCCUCGCUUCAAGAAGUUCGUCCUCCCCUACGUCGCCACUGUUCCCGUCAGCAAGGGAGGGAGAGAGGCGAGGAGUCCUGCGCAGCUGCGAGGAGAGGGAGAGGGAGGAGAGGAGCCAAGUCAUGUCCCUGAUCUCUACAGAUUGGUUGUCUUUGAUGGAGGCGACAAGAGCUUGGGAAUUGUCGAAAUCCAGAAGGACACAACGUGGAAACAGAUGCUGUCGCUCCUUCAGUCAAAGUUUGACCUGCAUCAGCUCGUCGGCCUCAAGUACGUCGACCCAAGAGAAAACUCAAAGCUUGACUACUCGCGCAACGAGGAGGAGUGGAGGAGAUGUCUUGAAGUUCUUUGCGCCGAAGAAGAUCGCGAGCUUGAAGUUGAUCUUGUUACUGAGCCUCCCGUCAAGGCUUUCCGCAUCAAAGUUCCUGUGAGUGAAGUAGACAAGAAGAUCCACAAGAAGAAGAUUUAUUUCACCAACUUCUACGACCGUGAAGUUUCUUUCGUCAUUUCCUCCGACUGUGAGUCUCCUAUCAUCGUUCGCAUCAAGAAGAUGGACAAGGAGCACGAGGAGAUAGCAAUUGUUCACCUCACUGAGGAACAAAGCAAAAUCAUACACACGCUCAAGCUCUUCGUGACGUGGAGUUGA